GCCUAGCCAUUCAGUAUCAAGUAACCGCGCGGCGCGAAAGUACGCGCACAGACUUAAAGAAAAAAAAACUUUUUUUAUUUUUUUAGUUUUAAUUGUCUGUGGUUUGUGUUUAUAAACAUGGCGUGUCCUAUGAGAUCAGUUAUCGACGAAUCAGCGGGGCAAGAUGGCGCAUGCCUGGGCAACGAAGCCGGUAUGCUGUACGGCGAAUAUCUCAUGCUGGACAAGCUGCUUACAGCCCAAAGGAUGCUCAGCGCUGAGAGCUCGAAGACUGUUCAUGAUGAGCACUUGUUCAUCGUUACCCACCAAGCAUACGAGCUCUGGUUCAAGCAGAUCAUUUUCGAGGUGGAUUCGGUACGAGCACUGCUGGACGUUGAAGGUCUGGAUGAGGGUCAUACCAUGGAGAUACUGAAGCGGCUCAAUCGAGUCGUCCUUAUUCUAAAGCUCCUGGUGGACCAGGUGAUGAUCUUGGAGACCAUGACGCCGCUGGAUUUCAUGGACUUCAGGCACUACCUGCGGCCUGCCUCAGGGUUUCAGAGUCUGCAGUUCCGUCUACUGGAGAACAAGCUUGGCCUCAAGCAAGCGCUACGCGUGAAGUACAACCAGAACUAUCAGUCUGUCUUCGGAGACAACCCAGAAGCCAUGGAACAACUACAAAAGUCAGAAGAAGAGCCAGCACUGCUGGCGUUGAUCGAACGGUGGCUGGAGCGCACGCCUGGCCUCGACGCGCAAGGGUUCAACUUCUGGGGCAAAUUCCAAGCUACCGUGGACAACAUGAUUAAAGAGGACAUCGCUGCUGCUAUGGAAGAACCCAACGAGGUGGUCCGUCGCCACCGCCUGCAGGACGCUGAGAAUCGCCGCGAGAUCUACCGCUCCAUCUUCGAUCGCUCCGUGCACGAUGCUCUACGAUCCCGAGGCGAGAGAAGACUGUCUCACAAAGCGCUACAAGGUGCCAUCAUGAUCACAUUUUACCGCGACGAGCCUCGCUUCUCGCAGCCGCAUCAACUUCUGACACUUCUGAUGGACAUGGAUAGUCUUAUCACCAAGUGGCGAUAUAAUCACGUGAUUAUGGUGCAGCGUAUGAUAGGUUCCCAGCAGCUUGGCACAGGCGGUUCUUCAGGCUACCAGUAUCUUCGUUCCACGCUCAGCGACCGCUACAAAGUGUUUCUGGACCUCUUCAACCUAUCCACAUUCUUAUUGCCUCGCUCUCUCAUCCCACCCCUGGACGAAAGCAUGAAGCGCAGCCUCACCCUGACCUGGGGCGAGGCCAACGGCAACGCAAACGAUAACCAGAACGACCUUGAAGAAUCCUUCAAGUCUUUAUAGGAGUAGCCCUAGUUGAGUAGGUUUUUAGAUAGAUAUGACUUGAUAAGGCUAGUAAGAAGCCAGCUCCAGUGUAGGCCUAAAAGAACGUCUUAGUUUACCUUCGGUACAUACUAUUGGAGUCGGUGAACCAACACUGUCGGACCAACAGUGUUCUUGGACCUUUUCAACCUAGCCACAUUCUUCACCUCUCUUACACCCUGAAUCCUGACGACAUCUUGUGACCCUGGACGACAGUAUGAAGCACAGCCUUGAAGAAUCCUUCAAGUCUUUAUAGUGGUAGCCCUAUAUAAGUAGCUUAAAUUUUUAUAUUGAUGACUUGGUAAGGCUACUAGGAAGCCAGCUCCAGUGUGGGCUUAAAAGAACACCUUUAACUCACCUAAACAAUUUAAGCGGGAAAGGCCAUGACCUUCAAUAGUUUUUGAGCCCGUUGACCAACACUGAUGGACCUAUCCAGUCUUAUUUCCACGCUCUCUCUUUUCGCCCCUGGACGACGGCAUGAAGCGCAGCCUUAACCUAACCUAGGAUGGAGCUAAUAGCAAUAGGACUGAUGACUGGAACUGCCUUAAGGAAUGCUUCAAGUUUUUAUAGGGAUUAGUCUAGGUGAGUAGGUUAAGUUUUUAGACUUGAUAAGGCUAGUGGGAAGCCAGCUCCAAUGUGGGCCUAAAAUAACAUUUUAGUUUGCCUAAUAUGGUAAGCAAUCCAAUCAUGAUGGUGAGUCGCAGCAGUCAAAGUAAUUCAGAUAAAUAAUUUUUAUAUGCCGCUUAAUAUCAUAUACUAUAUGUAAUUUUCAUAUAUUAUUAUUCAGUAAAACGAAGUUUAAUGCAUUUAAAAAACAUUGUUAUCCGGUGUUAUAAUAAUUUUAAGCAAAAAAAAGGUUAAUCGUAAUUUUUUUAUUUAAGUAUAUUUUAUUUACAUAAUAAACACCAUUUCCUAUA